CGGCGUCAAUGACACACACACCCACAUCGCGAGAUAAUGACGACGACGACGACGACGACGCGUCGUACGCGACCCCAUAUCGGCCGACCCGCAGCACCGCGCCGCACGAGUCUGACGGCCGCCACCGGUGUGAGGGCUCGAAGGGGCGUGCGCGCGGCGCCUUAUAGAUCGGCGGGCCGGAGCGCUCCGCGCCGUCCGCUCCGCUCGGCGCGCCCGUCGCGGUCUCUCGGCGCGCACAGUGUGCAGUACGCACAGCAUCCGCGACCCGACGAGCCGUCGUCCACAGCGGCGUGGCCGAACAUCUCCAUAAAACCGUAUCGAUUCAGUCGACCGCCGCCGAGGAUAACGCGAUGCCGUCCGUCGCCCCCGCCGCGGCCCACGACGGCGACAUCCGCCACAACAAUAACAACAACAGCAGCAGCAUCGGCAGCAUCGGCAGCAGCCACAACAACAAAAAAAUCCGGGGACGACGCCGCCGCCGGGGUUGCUCGCAGCUGACGUCGUCCCUGCCGCUGCUGCUCCUGUCCGCCGUCGGGUGCCUGUGCAACCCGGACGCCAAGCGGCUGUACGACGACCUGCUCAGCAACUACAACCGGCUCAUCCGGCCGGUCAGCAACAACACCGACACCGUUCUGGUCAAGCUGGGCCUCAGGCUGUCGCAGCUCAUCGAGUUGAAUCUCAAGGAUCAGAUUUUAACGACGAACGUAUGGCUGGAGCACGAAUGGGCAGACCACAAAUUCAUUUGGGAACCACUGGAAUACGGAGGCGUCAAAGAGCUGUACGUGCCGUCCGAGCAUAUCUGGCUGCCGGAUAUCGUCCUUUACAACAACGCCGACGGAGAGUACGUGGUCACCACCAUGACAAAGGCUGUGCUUCAUCACUCCGGCAAAGUGAUGUGGACACCACCAGCCAUCUUCAAAUCGUCGUGCGAAAUCGACGUUCGAUAUUUCCCGUUCGAUCAGCAAACGUGUUUUAUGAAAUUCGGUUCAUGGUCGUACGACGGCAACCAGAUAAACCUCAAGCACAUCGGCCAAUUGGUGGGAACCAACAAAGUGGACGUGGGCAUCGACCUGUCAGCGUACUACCCCAGCGUGGAAUGGGACAUUCUCGGCGUGCCGGCGGAGAGACACGAGAAGUACUACUCGUGUUGCGUCGAACCGUACAUCGACAUAUUCUUCAACAUCACCCUGAGACGGAGGACGCUGUUCUACACCGUCAACCUGAUCGUGCCCUGCGUGGGCAUAUCUUACCUGUCGGUGUUGGUGUUCUACCUGCCCGCCGACUCCAAGGAGAAAAUUUCACUGUGCAUCACGAUCCUCCUGUCCCAGACCAUGUUCUUCUUGCUCAUCUCCGAGAUCAUACCGUCGACGUCGCUGUCGUUGCCGCUGCUCGGCAAGUACCUGUUGUUCACCAUGCUGCUGGUCGCCCUGUGCGUGGUCGUCACCAUCAUUAUCAUAAACAUACAUUACAGGCAACCGAGCACGCACAAGAUACCGUCAUGGAUGCGGACGGUGUUCAUCAGAGCACUGCCGAAAAUGUUGCUCAUGAGGGUGCCCGAACAGCUGUUGGCCGAUUCAGCGAUGAAACAGAAGCAGAUGAAGACGUGCAAAAAAUUAAACCUUAACUUGGCCAGGUUGAACGCGGCCAGCGUGGGCGCCACGCUGAACGUUCCUCCGGCGCCGGUCGCUUCACCGCCCGCCGGCCGUGGUUCACCCACCGACUCGCUGCGCCGGUACGUGGCGGCCGCCGGCCGAACCGGUUGCAAUGGGACGGCGGCCGCGGCCGGGGCGGCCAGCCGGCUGGUGAACGCGGCCGUGGCGUCCAUUGACGACACGCUCAAUGAAGUGCCGGCCGCCAUCAGGAAGAAGUAUCCGUUCGAGCUGGAGAAGGCCAUCCACAACGUCAAGUUCAUUCAGCACCACUUGCAGCGCCAGGAUGAAUACAACACGGAAGAUCAAGACUGGGGCUUCGUGGCUAUGGUGCUCGACAGACUAUUCUUGUGGAUAUUCACGGUCGCGUCCAUUAUGGGCACAAUUCUCAUCCUGUGCGAAGCGCCGGCGCUCUACGACGACACGAAGCCAAUCGACCGGGACCUGUCGUUCAUCGCUAGAAAGCAAUUUUCUCCGACGUCCGAUUUGGAAUAGUCCGUCGCAUGACAUUAGGUUGUAAUUUUCACGUGCAAGCGAAAAAAUUAUGAAGGCGUAAAAUACAGUUGCAGUGACGGACCUCGACGUUAAACGGUUGAUAAUAAUAUUAUUUUAACGAGUCGUCAAUAUCGUCACAACAUUAUUGUUAAAAUGUCUCAGAAGUUUCAGGUUAUGGAUUUUUUACCGUUAAGUAUUAUUAUAUUUUGCACCAAUUUAAGUUGUCGGAAAAUUAUGUUAUAAUGAAUGGUGUUUAAAAAUAAAUUAAUCAUUAAACGCUUUUUAAUAGCGUAGUACUUAUAGGAACAAAUUCACAACAUUACAUUUAGAUUAAAAAAAAAAAAAACUCAUUCAUUUUUGUUUAAAUUUUAAAUUCAAACUUACGUUUUCGUAUUGAUUUUGUUAUCUAUUUUUUAAAACGUUUGUAGUAAUAUUAUAUGGUAGACAAUAAUUUGUUUAUUUAAAUUAAUAUUAUAAUAUUAUAAUAAUAUACCGACAGGUUUUUAAAAAUAUUUCCAUGUAAUUGUUGUACAUAAAAUAAAAUACAAUCGUUGUAAGUAUUAAUAAUAAUGUACACGUUGUACGCAACAAGAAAUUGUUAUUUCUAAGUACCUAACCAUAUUAUGCAAAACGCAAAAAAAAAUACUUUUUAUGAACAAUAUGAUAUAGGUAGGUAGGUAUUAUAGUUGUAAUAUUAUUUAUGUGAACUAUCCGCAAACAAUUAUUUAUAAUUUCAACAGGUUGUAUAAGUACGUAUUUUUAACGUUUCAUUUUAUUCAUAAUAACAAAGCUUAAACAAACGGUGCACUUGAAAUUAAAAAUGAAUAACAUUAGCAAAAAAAAA